UCUUGUUCAAUAGCUGAUGGAAGUGCAGCAGGAUUUAGUGUCGUGUAUAGAUUGAUGCAUUGCUGACGUCGCAGAUAUAGUUGUAAUUUGUCCCAUAAACAAUAAGAGCUUCAAAGUUUCUUUGCAAUUUUUUGAUAAUGACUCAGGGGGAGGACCAGCGGCAUGGGGCGACCGUAGGAGAAUUUCAACGUAAUUUAGACUUAUCACAUCUCACUGAUACGAACAAUUCACUAACUCGCAAUGGAACUUCCAAUAUACACUCGGUAGAGGAGAUGUUACUGCCAUCGUGCCUUCAUCGUUCGACAACGAAUCCACCAUCCCACGGUGGCGAGGAUGCCAAGAAUCUACUCCAGUUUGUCCAUCAUGCUUCGUGUGACAUAAAAGCCGCACUCGAUCAGGGUAACUACAAACAAUUCCCACAACAAUCAACCAGCUCUUAUCCUCAUAACAGGGGUGAAAGUUUAAAGAAAGACCAUUCACCAGUUCGUCGGUUUUCUUCGGACGACAUGAUGUCACGUCAUAAUCAUCAUAAUCAUCCCUCUUCUCUGCCACUUCACCAUCAUCGUCAACAACAACAACCGCUUGUUCGAGAAAGAGAUGGUAUAGCUGGAGACGAAUUGACCCCCGGAAGAGACGAUGCACAUCCCGGUAACUCGAGGGAUAUAUUCCAAAAGCGACAUGACUUAGCAUUUCCUUUCGAUGAUCAGGAUAACGAGCAUUCAAAAAGUAUUGACAAUGAACAUAUCGUUUUGUCCAGAAAAGACAUCGACGAUUGCAAAUUAAGUGGUAAUACUCGGGACAAAGGGGAGACGUUUCAAAAUCGGCCAAAGAGUGAUAAUGACACGAUGGAUCUCUUCAGCUAUGUUGAUCUCUUACGAGAAAACAGUCAUAAACAAUCUAAUGAUGAUGAUCAUUCUGAGAGCGAUAACGGCAAUGACUGUGAGACAAUGUCAAUACGAGCAAAUAUAUCGGAAAAGAAAGCGUUAUCGGUGGAUGACAUCGACAAGAGCAAUAAGAUCAACGCCGUGCCGUUAAGAAAACGACGAUUACCAGCGUCAUUCUGGCAAGAACCAAAAGGCAAAAGUGACAAUCAUAAGAUCAUCACUCGACCAGCUGACCAUUGUCUCGAUGGACAGCCUCGGUCAUUCGUCCACCAUCCUGGUCUGAGUUUAUUCGGACAGCUCAAACUACCCGUCCCAAGUCCUUUAUCGCCCGGUCAUCUCGAUUUCGAAUUCGGUCUUGGGCGCCAUUUUUGUGGCGACAAGAAUCCAUUCGUGUACCCGUCUACCUCAGCCCCAUCACCGUUCUUGAAUCUUAACAUGUCUUAUCGUCCACACCUCCCAAUGGGCGUGCAUCACGGCGUCGAUGAACGUCAUCGUCAUGGACUUCAUGUACCGUGUGGUAAUAACCUGUGUAUGUGCCAUCUUCAGAACCUAGCAGCAUUCUCUUCCAACGUUUGUGAACCGCCUUCUCAAAACACAUCAUCAGGGAUGUUUGGGAGGAACCCGACUAUUCCACCGGUAUCUCCGAUGGAUAAUACCCCGUCAUCAUCCCUGGCGUUAAGCCGGUGGAGUGCCAUGCAAUCUAUUGAUACACCACCUGAUCUCUUGGGUGGGUAUACUAUGCCUCGAGUUCUCAAACCCAUCCCAACUAAAUCACUGACAUCAUACCCAUCGCGCUUUCAUCCUAUUUUUACUUGAUAUUGAUGCUGACUUAUUUUCCAAUUUUGGCAAAAAGUGCUAUGCAAGUACAUGAAGUAUACAUCGGAUGACGGAAAUGACGGUGACAAGGACGCAAAGUAAAAGCCACAACAGACCCCCAUCCCUUCCCCCAUUUCCGUAUUUCUUUCCUAAUCAAUGAAAGCAUUUUGGUGUUCGAGAAAGGAUUCCUUGUCAUCAAUCUCUAAGCUCCAAAUCGGAUUUCACGACAAACCCAUCUCUCUGGAUGGAAUACACUUGUAUGGGAAACGUCAUUUUGUAGAGAACGCAUUCAAGAAAGUGGCAUCCACAACGGGACACGUUACGAUUUAAUCCUGAUAAUACUCGGGCUAGAAAUCUCAUUAUCGUUCUUUAUUUCGUAAUACUUCUGUCCGUGAAAGUUGCUUCUCAUUAGAAUUUUUAAGCAUUAACUUCUUUUGAUCCUGUAUUUUGGUGCGUAUAGUCACGCCUAAAACCUGCGAUUUAAAUCGACUUUAAAAUAGUGUAAAUUAUUCUCUUCAAUCCAGAUUUAUAGUCAAAUAGAGAGAAAUUUAAAUUGUCACAAGUAUUGCGAGAGAUGCGUAUACAUCCACUUUGUUUGCCCCUUUGGGCUUAUUGAUAGGCUGCACUGACUAUUUCACAUGGAUGAUAACUUUUUUAAGUUUUGACCAUCACAUUUUUGUAACCAGUUCUUGUAACCAAGUUUUCAUCAGGAAAAUACAACCUCUUUCUAUUUUCGAGAAGAAGCUGCAUAGGCUUACAACAUUUUAUUUUAAUAAGAGUGUAGUUUGUUAAUAUGGUUUCUGACAUACUACCAUGAUUUUUAUCAUUUUUUAAAUACCAAUACUUUUUGCUUCAACAAAAUGCUCGCGAGAAAAAGAAUCGCACAAAAUUUAGCGGGAAAAAAAUCGUAUUCUUGGUGAUUUUUUGAGGGGCCAUCGAUUCACUUCUGUAUUUUCAUUAUAUUGUUGAUAUUACGGUCUUGCUUUAGAAUACAUAAGAAUGAAAUUGAUUUUUAACAUAUAUUUCUUGAAUAUUGGAAAUCUAUCACAGAUUGUUCUUUUUAAGUGUUAUGAUUUUAAAAUAGCCUGUGCAAAUAUAGCAAUGAUUUCUCGUCUAACUUUACAGACAUAAUUGAUAUACAUUGAUCUUAUUCACAAAUUUCGAUGUUCUUUUGAUUAGUAUUUUCUUCGGUUUAUUUGUUUCAACCGCUGAUUUAAUUUUACCGUAUGAUAUCAACAAUUUUAAACAAGAUGAUGCCUUAGUUUAUAUCAGUAAAAUAUCAAAGUACGAGGAUUACUAGUCGAACAAAGUAGGUUCAUUAACAAAGCGUGUGGAAAUGUAGAGUUUCUGAAAUAACUAUCAGGUGAUUAAAAAAAAAGAAAGUCAUUGAAAAGUUAUCUCAUGAAACUUUAUUGCCAACUUACAUUUUUUUUGCUGCCAAUAUAAUUUUGUCAAGACUUUCGAUGUGUUUGGAUAAAAUGUGAUAAUAUAAAUCCAUACUAAUCGAACUCAGUUGUAGAUAUUUAAUUGAGUUUUCAGUGCUGCAUUAUUUCCACACUUUGGUUUUACCUCUUUUUAUUAUCAAUGAUACUAAAAUACAUUUCUAUCAUAUCGUUUUAACUUUAUAAUGUUAGAAAAUGCACUUGAAAAUUUUCUCUCUCUUUCAAAAUUAGAAUGGAGCAUAAAUCUAUAGACAACAUUGAUGAGAUAUCUCAAUUUCAAUGUGCCAAGAAUACUAAUAUUUCUUACAACGAUAUAUGUUUACUCAUAUGGAUAAGAGGGUUGAUAGUUAUACUCGUUUAGGAAAAUGACUUGGAGUGGGUACCCCAAUGGCUGUUCAUGUGUGGUGUAUAAUAUUGACAUGAUUGAUAUCAACUCGGGUUCCUCAAUCAAAACUCUGAUCAAGCAUAAUGUAGGUUUUCAAAUAUCGAUAGUUUCAUUGCCUCAUUGGUUCUGAAGAUUAUCUCAAAUAAACGAUAAAAAUAUCAACACUUCUUAAAGGGUUUUCUUCAUCACUUUGUCACUUUGGUUCAUUAUGAUAUAAGAUUACGUUGUGUUCAAUUACAUAUUUAUUAUAUGAACGAGAUGAAUAUUUCAUUAUCAACAGUAAUUAAGGACUUGUCGAAAUAGACAGAGAUGAAUCUGUUACGGUAGACGGAGUUUUAGCGAUGCUUGAGUAACGAGUGCAAUAUUUUUUUUCUUUAGUAACAAUCGGAUGCUGAUUGUUGUGUUAGAACGGGUUCGGUCAAGCAAAGCUUCAUCUCUAAUCAUAUUUUCUUCUACAAUUUUGUACAUUGCUUCAGAUAUUGAUAACGCGCAUUAUCUAUUUACGAUUGUACAAAAUACACCCGAAGAUUAUAACGUAUAAUCUUAAACUUCUUAGAAUUCUGAAUUUCUAUCGUCUUUCGGAAUUUAUUAGAGAGAAUAUUGUGGAUGAACGAGAACAUAUAGGUUUAUCUCAUGCUGGGAUGAUCACUAUGUUCGUAUUGUAUGUAUGUAAAUAUAUAUUUAAAAUAUUGUAACAUAAGUUCAUCGAGGUUUUCUCGAAUAUGCUUCCAUGGUUAAUUUGAAACUGACACUUCAGCAAUGAUCUGAAACGAAAGUGAAUAUUGAUAGAUUUCUUCUACUUUCCUUUUUUCGGCGCUGAUUUUUUUUCCCAUUAAAAAAAUGAUCGACGCAAUUUCACUUGACUUGCCAUCUUACGUGUUUGACAUUGAUGUGAAGCAGUUUUAACAAUGCUUUCAAAUAUAAUAUGAUAUUGGAUUAUGACAGACUUUGAUGUUUUAUUUUUCUUCUUUUUCAGACUCCGGUAUAAUAAUCGUAAUGCUUUCAUUUGGUUUUGACAUUCUAUAUGUAUAUAUGCAUUUGCAAUGCUACGGAAGUUUGGGUUGUUAUUUAUAUCUAUAAUCAUAGUGUGUGACGUUGAUAAUUUUGCUGUCAGUAUGAUUCUGAUCAAUUAACGCAAAUUAUGAAUGAAGAGGAAAUGAAUGGAAAUAAACUGAAAGAAUUGAUUACAUUUAUUUUCUCUGUUUUCAAUCUGAAGGGUGUAAUAUCCGAAUGUGCACCUUUAAUGGUUGUAAUUCAUUGGAUAUUUUCGUGUAUUGCAACCGUUGGAUGGUGAAUCGAGAUACCGUGAAUGGGAAAUAAAAAAAUUUAAAAAAAUUGCCAUUUCGAUCCAAUGCUGUUCCAGUAACUCUAAUGGAAAGAACACAGUCUGUUCACUGUGUGGAACACAAUUUGAAAUCACCUCCAUACAGUUAAAUAUGAACAUUUCAACAGAAUGCAUAUUUUCACACAGUCCACUAUGUGAACGCUCUGUGUGAGCACACUGUGUGAACACACUGUGUGAGCACACUAUGUGAAUACACUGUGUGAGCACAUUGUGUGAAUACACUGUGUGAGCACACUGUGUGAACACACUGUGUGAGCACAAUGUGUGAACAUACUGUGUGAGCACACUGUGUGAACACACUGUGUGAGCACACUAUGUGAAUACACUGUGUGAGCACAUUGUGUGAGCACACUAUGUGAACACACUGUGUGAGUACACUAUGUGAACACACUGUGUGAGCACACUAUGUGAACACACUGUGUGAGCACAGUAUGUGAACACACUGUGUGAGCACACUUUGUGAACACACUGUGUGAGCACACUAUGUGAACACACUGUGUGAGCACACUAUAUGAACACAAUCUGUGAACACACUGUGUGAGCACACUAUGUAAACACACUGUGUAAGCACCCUGUGUAAGCACCCUGUGUGACACUUCUUUCCAUCAGGGAAUAUAAUACCACCACCACAAUAGUAUAUGUACCUGAUCAUGAAGGCAUGUCAGAAAACAAGGUAGUUCUUUUAUACAAUUGAGUAUGUGAAUUUAAGAAUGGCUCAUUAAAAUCUAUGAUAGUUCAAUUCAAG